GUCCCCCCCCACCUCCACCAAAAAAGGAAUCACCGUCUGGGUGUUGCUGCACAGCAGAACAGAUGAGGAUUUGGGAUUAGGGGGUUGGGCCGUCUGCUGGUUGGAAGAAGAGCGCCUCCAGACAUCCAGUUGGUGCGUGCGGUGCAGCAGCGUCGCAUCUCUCCCGCCGCAGCAGUAGCAGCAGCAGCAGCAGUAGCAGCAGCAGCAUCACCUGGUCCUCAUCCCCAUCCGCAGCACCCUGGGAACAAGAGGAUCUGCAAGAUGGUAAAACUGGGGAGUAAUCUUCAGGACAAAGGGGCCAAAGCGGUGAGCGUGGAGGAUGGCUUCCAAAACGUGCCCCUCAUCACUCCUCUGGAUGUGGGCAGCCUGCAGAGCCAAGCCCCUGACAAGGUUGUGGUGAAAACUCGCACCGAGUACCAGACGGAGAAAAAGCGUCUGAAGGUUCCCAAAGUGGAGGAGUUCACCAUCACUGACGGUGUGUCUGAGAGACUCAAGGUCACCAUCCUGAUCAUCCUGGCCUUGGCAUUUCUGGCUUGCAUCGUGUUCCUGGUGGUUUACAAAGCCUUCACUUAUGACCACGCCUGCCCAGACGGAUUCCUCUAUAAGCACAAGCGCUGCAUCCCGGCCUCGCUGGAGGCCUACUACGCCGCGCAGGACGCCAACUCCAGGGGGCGCUUCUACACGGUGAUCAGCCACUACAGCAUGGCCAAGCAGACCACCUCGCACUCUGUCUCCCCUUGGCUGCCCGGUGGGCCCGCGGGGCAGCCACAUGACGCCAAGCCUCCGCACGGCGGCGGUGGCGGCGAUACCCACUGAACGCCAAGACACACGCACGCCAUGUCGACAUUAUCCGAGUGUAUCACGUGCCAGUAGGGCCUGUAGAGUGCAUGCAGACAUUUGGAUUUCUCCAUUUGCUCUUACUGAGGAGCGUUUUUCUCAUACACACACGCCAUCCUGGUAACUUAUUAUUUAUUGACUGUCAUUCUAUUUCUUUUUUACAGUAGCGUUAGGAUAUUUUGUAUGUGGCUUAGUCACCCAAGCUGCUGUCUACUAUCUCCUCUUGUACUGUAUACUAUUUGUACAGUAACCUCAGGCAUGACCCCCCCCCCUCAAAAUUUGGACAGUAUGUUCUCUGGUGUUGUUGUUUGACUUACUAUAAAAUCGAAAGACGCCUCUGGGGAGUUUUUAACCUUCUCAACAUGAUUAAUUUGUGCAUCUACACAUCCCCUUAUCUCAACCGGUCACUUUAUGGGCCCUCAAGUCUACAAAGAAAUGUUCUUUUGUUGUUGUUGAUUUUUUGGUUUGUAAUACAAUCAUUGCCAAUGUUUGUAGUCGUAUUAUUGUUAUUUUUUUACAUAUUGCUGUUGCUGCCAGUCGAUAGCCAUUUGCAGGUUGGAAAAUAGAGGCGGGACAUUUAUAACACGAUUUUACAACUACACACGUUCAUUCAUUUGGGAAGCUGUUUACCUGCUGCUGCUGUUUUGGUUCGCAACAGAGUAUCAAUAACAAAGUUCUCUGUGUUGUUUUUACUGGAUGUGAAAAUGAAGGUAAACUAAUAUGGGAAAAAGAAAAUCUUUUUUUUGGUGGAACGACAGUACACACACAGUGAGCAGUUCAUGAAAAAAACAACGCAGGUAGUGUUUAUUGCCGAAACGUGUUCAUUGGUUAGGUGUUUAUUUUCAGAUUUACUAUGACUGCAGCUUUUCAUUUUGCAUCAUCUGCUCUGUGGUGGAGUGCUUUCUAUAAGCUGUUGUGAUGUUGUUAGUCGGUAGCGUACUGUAGCCAUACCUGUAAUGAACCCGGGUGCAUCCCCGCCGCCCUCCUCCUCCCUUGGUUCAAAACGAUCCCAAUAAAACGAUGCAGUGACCCGUGA